AUGGUUAUCCCUCAUCACUCUCUCACCGGCCUUGUUAGUGAGGCCGAGCAGGACCGAAUCUGCCCUAUACGGUAUCUGCACAACCCUUUACAGUCCAAUCCGUCAUGGAUACGUCGUUGCCCUAUUUCGUUUCCUAGAGGCGGAGGCGAGGUUCACAAUACUAAGGAACGCGUGUUCAAUACUCUCAGUCCGCUCAAUGGCAUCUGUGACGUUCCUUACUGCAGCUCCAUCGCAGACGUAUACGAAACACGGUUCUGGAAGGAGGGCCUGGAGGCGGGGAGAACAACGAUCUAUCUUCUCGCAAGUGAGAAAGAUGCGGAACAUCUUCCUGUAAAGGAUGGACAUUCUAUUCAAGACAUUGCACGUCGGGAACUUCGUCCUGGUUUUAAGCACCGUGUCUUGCGCUGCCCAGGUUACAUGUACCCUUUCACCACGGACGCACGCCGAUUCGAGCUCAUAGCUAUAUUCGCUUGCCUGCUUUUCCUUUUCGAUGACCGGAGCGAAGUAGUAGGCGACAAGGAAGUCCCCAUGUUGAUCGACGAUUUCUGCAAGCGACUAGAGGAUCCCAAGUACACAUCCAAACUCGCAAAGACACCUCUACAAGCAUUCCUCGACCAAGUCACACUUGACGUGCGUGCCGCCGAUGCACAAAAGGGGAACGGAGGCGAAGACAUGUACAGAGAGCUCCUCAACCACUCACUCCAAUCUAUCAAACACCCAGAGAAAUUCACUUCAUUGGACGAAUACCUCAGGUUCCGCGACGGAAACAUCUGCGCAGGCUGGACCUUCGCUGCCGUAAAGUUCUCCCUAGCAUCCAGUAUCAACAUCAAAGACCCCGCCAUUGCGCACUUCAUGAAGCUUGCGACAGAGCACCUUUCGAUCGCCAAUGACAUAUACAGCUAUGAGAAGGAAGCUCGAGCCUACCACACAGGUCAAUGUCCUGAUCUAAUCAACUUCGUCACUGUCGUGCAACAACUACUCAGCUGCCCUGACGAAGCUACCGCACUGGAAAUGUCGUACGCCCUUUUGCUGCAGCGUGAACAGUGGAUCUUGGAGGAGUUGAAAAGGCUCGAGUCAGAGAACCUGAGUGAAGAGAUGUGGGACUUCUUGAAAGGUAUGUGGGCGAAUCUGUCGGGGAACACCUUCUUCAGUAUGACGACUGUGCGAUACGGUGGGGAGAAGUCGAGGAUACCGAAGGACAUGAGCGUAUCAGUUCAGGUGAAAGCAUCAGAGUGCGGUUGCGCGCUGAGUGGCAAGGCGGCGUCGGACAGUGGGUAUUCGGAUGACGCAUCAGAUGGUGUCAGUAAGAUUGAGACUCCAAAGGGCUUCAGUAAGGUUGGUGCUCCGAACGGUAUCAACGCGGUCUUGGCCAAGUGA